GGCAAAGAAAUUCUAUGUUUUUUAUAUUAAUCACACAGCCCCACAAUUUAUCUUCUUCACCAAUCGUAUAGGCCUAGCUCUCCUAGUUAUUCUGAAAUGCAAUGAUGAUUGGUGGUGGUGUGUGGGUGCGUGUGUGUGUUUAUAAUGUAAACGUGUAUAUUUAUAUUAAGUUUAGGUAUUUAUUGGUGGUGUAUUAUAUAAAGUCCAAUGGUAAAGGGGAAAAAAUAAUAAUAUAAAACAAGGGGACUGAAAUGUGAAUGUCAUGUCUACAACAAUAGUUAGGCCUAUAGGCUAACAUUAUCAAUGAAAUUAAUGCAAAAUUACUUACACAGAAUAUGAAUAUGUGGACAAUUGCUUGUUAAAAAAAAGGCUACUUUAAGGAAUUUAACACUGUUUUUUUUUUACUUAAGGUGUCCUGGCUGGAACCAAUGCAGCAUUUGAUGCUCUUGGACGUGGUACAUGCGACUGGAAGGCCAAGUGUGUCGCAUUUGGUGCAGAUGGUGCUAAAGUCAACAUGGGUGUGCAUAGGGGAGUGAGUGCUCUACUCAAACAGGCAGCCGGACAGCAUGUAAUUCCCAUUCAUUGCAUGCCUCACAGGUUGGAGUUGGCCAUUCUCAACCUGCAGCGCAAUGAGACAAUGAUGGCCAAAGUCUAUGACCUUCUCCAUCUUGUGUGGAAGACGUACCACCAGAGCCCUAAAUCCAGGCGUGAGCUGAACCUGAUUGGAAAAGAGCUAGGUGUGAGGGUCUGCUCUCCUUCGAGCGUGAAAGGGACGAGGUGGAUUCCCCAUGUACACCGGGCACUGAGUGUGUUCCUUCGUGCAGCAAAAGAAGGGAGUCUGUCAACUGACAGUGGUCAGUAUUCGGCUGUUUUGCGCCACAUGGACCACCUUGCCUCCUCAGCAGCCAGUGCUGAAAUUCAAGGGCGUGCAAAGAAGAUUAGGAAGGGAAUGCACGAGAUUAACUUCUGCGCAUUUAGCCAUUUCCUGGCUGACGUGUUUAAUGAACUGGCCUCGCUCAGUUGCGUUCUGCAGAAGAACGACCUCGUUCUUCCUCAAGCCAUCUCAGCGCUGAGAAAGACAGUGAUGGUGUUGCAGGCUAUGCAGGAAACACCGCAAAGAGGGGGCAAGCUAUGUCAGUUCAUGGAAUGUCUACAAGGGCAGGAAGAGAUCUCAUUUCAGGGUGUACCACUCUCGGGAGAUGUCACAGGAAUGCAGCAGAGGCUACAGAGAAACAUCACCUCUGUCAUCACCACCACUGUGGAAGCCAUUAACACCAGAUUCGGCAGUCUCAUUAAUGAGGACUCCGAAGACUACUCUGCAGUGAAUUGCAUGAAAAUCUUUCAUCACGACACCUGGCCUGAGAAUACCAAUGAACUGGUUGAUUAUGGAAACGAUCAGUUGGAGGCCCUAAUGGAGCAUUUUCGUCAUGUCCUUACAAGCUCUGGAUGCCAGAUGGAUGCUUUGCCAGGGGAAUGGCAGAGUUUGAAGACCCUUGUCAGCUACACGUUUAAGGACAAGUCCUACAGCAGCUUAUGGCAAACAGUUUCAACCAAAGAGCCAUACAGAACUGACUACAAGAACAUCCUACACCUUGUGGACAUACUGUUGGUCCUCCCAAUUUCUUCUGCACAGUGUGAGCGGGGCUUCUCUGCGCAGAAACGCCUCAAAAGCUCUUUGAGGAGCUGCUUGCAUGUCUCCACCACAGAGGAUCUUAUCAGGAUCACUACAGAGGGCCCCUCACUUGAAUUAUUUGAUCCCACUAAAUGUGCCGAAAACUGGCUGUCAGCUGGAAAAAGGUCACGUCGACCCAACUACAAGUCAUGGCCAAGUGAUUCCGAGUCCGACAUGAUUUUUGUGUAG